AUGCUCGUCGAUCGUGUUUUGCAAGCUUCAUGGUUGCUGAGUGCCGUCGUCGGGCUGGAGACGCGGUGGCUGCAGCAGCCUAUUGACCACAACAGUCCUGCAUCCGGUACGUUUUCUCAGCGAUACUUAGUCGACGCGAAGGCCGACAAUGGUGGGCCUUUGCUGUUUUUCUGCGGCAACGAGGGUGAUGUGGAGGUCUUCGCGAACUUUAGCAAGUUCCUGGACGAGGCUGCAGCUGCUCUGCAGGGUGAGGUGGUCUUUGCAGAGCACCGCUUUUACGGCCAGAGCUUGCCCUUUGGCCUCGACUUCAGCCUGGAUCACAUCCGGUUCCUAACGGUUGAGCAAGCCUUGGCAGACUAUGCCCGUCUCAUCACGUUUCUGACCGCCUCCAGACAGCGCAAAGUCGUUGCGUUCGGUGGCUCUUAUGGCGGUAUGCUGAGCAGCUGGAUGAGAGCAAAAUACCCAUCGCUUGUGUUCGCUGCUGUCUCCUCCUCCGCACCUUUGCACUUUGACCGAGUUGGCGGGUCCUUCUUCAAACUGAUGACGGAUGCUGCGGAGGAGAUGGACUCCGGCUGCGCUGACAGGGUACGGAUGGGUUUCGCCGCACUCGAGGCAGCGAGUGCUAGUUCACUGCAGCGUGCUUUUGGGCUCUGCAGCCCACCGUUGGACUUGAACGAGCUGGUUUUAUGGGCACGGAAUGCCUUCGUCACUGUGGCCAUGGGCAACUAUCCCUACGCAGGAGAACUUUUCGGCAAAGGCUUGCAGGCCUGGCCACUGCGUGCAGCUUGCCGAGAGCUGCAUGGCCACAAGCCGCUGGAGUCCCUUGCGGCUGCUGUGGGUUCCUACUACAACGCCACAGGGAAGGUGCACUGCCACAACAUCAGCCGCGAGUACCGCGACUGCGCUGAUCAAACCGGUUGUGGAACUGCCGAUGCUGCAUGGGGACGCUCCUGGGACAUCGAAGCGUGCAGACAGAUCGUGUAUUUUACAUCGACGAACAACGUGACCGACAUGUUCCCACCAAGAGCUUGGGGAUUGGAAGAGCUUUCACAGUACUGCAGCGGUGUUUGGCAAAUACAACCGCUGUCCAACUGGUUCUUGCCCUGGUUGUCAUCUGUGAACACCAGCAGCCGCAUCAUCUUCACCAAUGGCCUGCUGGAUCCAUGGCGCGGCGGUGGCGUGAUGCAGUCUCUUUCCAGCACGCUGGUCUCGCUGCAGAUCCCCGGAGGGGCCCACAUCUACGACUUGGCAGGCGACCACGUGGACGACGUUCCGGGAGUUCGCGCCGCCAGGCAGCGCGUGCUGACCAUGCUACGGCUGUGGUUGGGCAUGCCCCACACUGCCGAAUUGGUGGUGCAGAGAAGCGUGUUUGGAGCUGCUUUACGUGCCAUGGUGCCUCCAAAGACUUUUGAGGUGUCUCGCUCGCGGUCUAGGAAAUGGGACCUGGAGGUGAAGAGCAUAAGCCGUGACGGGCAGGACUGCGUUGGUGCCUGUCAUUGGGUGUUCAAGUCAACAUCUCGAUCGAUCCCAACGGACCUCGAAAGUCGCAGUAUGCCGCUGGAUCCUGUGGAGCUCUGGAGCAAGACCAGGAGUGCGGAUGCGCACUCCCGGCCCAGCUGGUCAGUUCCCUCUGCUCGGCCUUGUGCCCUGGAGCAGUGGAGGGACAAAGCUCCAGCAAAGCUGGAGUCCAAGCAGCUACUUGCGGGGCCGAGCUACUGGCAAUCACAUGGCAACGGCCAGGGCCGCUACGGCUGCUCUGCAGGGCAUCUAGCCGCCUCUACCGCUCCCGCCGCUCCCCACCGACAUCAAACCUCGCGCCCUUCCACAGAACAGGCUUCAAGGUUGGAUCGAAGAGGCAGAUGGCGAGAUGGCGCAUCCUAUACCAGCAGCUUAAGAGCCUCGAGCUUGUUCAUUGGGACUUUGGAGGAGGAGCAGAUCCGUGGACGGCACAGUGGGCCAAAGUUCAGCCCAACUGCGGCCAAGAAGCUGCGUGACCUCACGACUGUCAUUCUAACAUCCCGGUAG